UAUAACAAAUAAUAAUGGAAUUUGGAUUAACAAAUUGUUAACCUUUUUACUUACUUAUUGGAUUUUCCAAAAUCAAAAUGUUAUUGUAUUAAUUUUCAAAUUGCUUAAAAUUAAAUUAAUUAGCUAUUGUUCAUAAACACACUAAAAUCAUGAAUACUUCCAAAGUGUUAAGAUAUAGUUUACAGUUAACAAGACUACGUAAAAUCAAUGGUAUUCCAACUGGUCGUCGAUUUUCCACAGAUUCUCUUCUUUUGCGGCAAUAUUCAAGAAUUACUGGAAUUGCAGGAGCCGGAAUUAUAAGUUUUUUAGCGUAUGGAUUUUUACCAGACUUUAAAGCAUAUGCCUAUUCGAGGAAAAGAGUAAGUAAACCUAAUCAUAUAUGUAUCUAUGUUUCAACUUUGUAAAUAAGUAGGUAAACAUGAAUGCAAUUUAUAUGAAUUGGACUUAGGUACAAUAGUUUCAAAAUAUGAUCUUAUACUCAACGAUAAACUUAAAUGUUAAGAUUAUUAUAAUUUUAUCUUAAAUAUUAAAUAUAUAGAAAAAACCAUAAAUAAUUAAUUAAUUAUUUGGGGCAACCAAUCUAGAACUGAUUCCUAACAUACUUCUAUAUAAUGUGUUCAUAUUUAUUACAAAGGUUUUAUGGUUUAGCAGUUGGUUUUAUAAAACAAAUGGUAAUAUUAUACUACUAUUACUAGAUAAUAGCAUUUGUUAGGUAGUACCUUUAUAAAAUAAAUAACGUUAAUUGUUAGUUACCUAUCUAUCAAUUGAUUUUAUUUAUUGCCACUGAAAGUAAUUAACUUGAAUUAAUAUAUCUAUAACAACUUAACUUGACUCUCUCUCUCUCUCUUUCUCUCAUCAUUUAAAUCUUGUAAACUAUAAUAAUUUGUGUACCUUAUAAUUAUUAAGUACUAAGGUAUAUAUUAUAAAAGUACAACUAUAUCAAUAAUAUAAAGUCUAAUGGUUUUCAUGAAGAUACUGUAAAAUAUAAUAUAAUAUUAUUUGUUACUACUCAUUUUAUUAAUUUUAUAAAAUAUUUUAUAUAACUAAGUAUGAUUUUAAUAGGUAAGUACAUUAAAUUAUUACUUUCAUGAAGUAGAUCGUACAUUUUUUUUUUUAGUUAUCUGUGUAUUAUAAUGCACAGUACAUUCGAUUAGGCGUCUACCGUUUAUUUUUUACGUGAUGUCCACUACACUAAAAUAGUUGUACAAAAUUGCAAGCAUAAUUUAAAAUGUAUAACUAAGUAAUAAAUUAAUUAUAUAUUAAUUAUAUAUUAUAUAUAUUAUAAUAUAUUAAACACUCACAAAUGGAAAUUUAAAGGACUAGGUAAUUAUUUUACGAAGAGUAAAUGUCUUGGUUAAUGCUUAAUGCGGAUUGAUAAAUGUUAUUUAAUAUAAUUGGUGAUUAUUUUAGGUAACUCAUAGGCCCCUUUGACUAUAGAGAAAAGUAUUGUUCUCCUUAAUCAUUGUGAUUGUGGAAUUUACCAAAUUUUCUCAUACCUAUAUUUAAAUUAUUAUAAUUAUUGUCUCACACCACUUAAGAAAUAUAAAUAGUGAGACACUUAACUAUAAACAGAAGUGAAGAGCAUCGGAGGUUAUAAAUGGUGUAAAUAUAUUAUAAAUUAGGAUAUGGUACCUAUAUAAAUUCAUAAAUUCUAUAUUACCUAACUUUCUAUAUUUUAUUAUUAUUAUUUUGUUUUCUGUCUCCAUAUUAAACUGUUAUACUAAUUUUUAAAGUUUAAAUCUGUACCAUGCAUAUUAAUAUAAUUAUAUAAGCCAACCUAAUAUUAUUUUUUCAAUCAUAAUUUUGUUGAGUUGUAGUAAUUACCCUGAAUUAAAAUCGAUUAAAAAUAAAAAUAUCAUGCAAUUUAACACAUAACUGUAUUAAAAGGGGUAUUAAAUAUACAUGGUAUCAAUAUGCUAAAUCAUGUAAAAAUCAAAACUUAAUAAAUUAGGUUUAGUUAUAAAAAAAAGAAAAAGGGCAUACUUCGCACGGUAGGUCAGUCACUGUUGUAGAUGAAAAGAUGGGAAGCUAAAAUUUAGAGGAGAAUUUAAUUUAUAUCUGUACCCAAUUAUAAAACAUUGGUAAUGAAUGCGAAAAAAUGAAGUUUCUUUUAUACAUGCACCUAUUACCUAUGUAAAUUUUCCAUUUUUCUUAUGUUUUCCCAGUUAUUAUAAAAACUGCUUGGAAAGUCAAAAAAGGACUUUCUUAAAGUACCACCCGGAUAAAAUUUACUUUCAAUAAAGUUACUACACUUAAAAUCAAAGCAAGAUUUUUGGUAUAAAAAUCAUUCACUGAUAAAAAAAAAAUACAAUAAACAUCAUUGUAAAUCCAAUAUAUUCCUUACUACUCUCCAAGUCUAAAAGGGUGAUGCUCCACACAAUCAAUAUUAUCAUAAAACUUACUAAUGUUAUUUUAGUAUAUAAAUAAAACUGUCAGUAUCUUAUUCAUUUUGUAUUCAAACUUGAUUUUCAUCGAAAUUUAUAACUUUCAAUUUUGAUAUUCAAAUGUCUUAAAUUUGAAAAGUUUGAGGUAUCAUUCCUAAUAUUUCAAUUUUGAACAAUACCUCGGAACAAUUCUAAUUUAGCCACCAUCGUUUUUAUUAUUAUUAUUUUUUUUUACCUAAUGUCUAUUUUUAUGGUGUGUACAAAAAUAAUGUAAAAUAUUAAAAAAACGGUCAUAUUUCGCUCAAUAGGUGGGGGCCACUGUUGUAAAUAAGUUGGGAAGUUAGCAUAUAUAGGGAAUUUAAUGUAUAUACUUACGGAACGAUUAAUCAUUUCUAACAAAAAAUUAUUCUGAGUGAAGUUCGGUCACACAUGUUUUGAAAGGUCAUAAUACUAACGAUUUAUGUCAAAAUUUGAUAUUAAAAUUUUUAUAAAAAAGAUUCUACUAUAUACUUAAUUUUUUUUUUUUACUACAAAGUGCGACUUAUAAUUAAACUCCUGUUCAAUUUUAAAGUUUGUUUAAGUCUGUUUGGUCCAACAAUUUAAUCCACAGAUACCUCAGAUAACCCAGAUGAAACUACCUUUCAGAAAAGGAUUAUAUAAAAAUCGGAGUAAAAUUUCUGGUAGAAAUGUCGUGUACAGCUAAAAAAAUAAAUAAAUAAACAUCAUUGUAAAAUCAAUACAUUCCUCGCCUCGCUCAGAAUCUAAAAUUCGAACCUUUAGUAGGUACUUAUCAGUUUUGUUACAUUUUAACCUAUCCAAUUCACCUAGUAUUAAUAUUAAUAUUUAUCGAAUUUUUUUCAAAUUUAAACCCAAAAUAUAGAUUGAACUAUUGAAAAUGUAUUUUAAUUCUUCUACAAACGUUGUGUAUGAGUGUUAUUAUAUGUUCGUAGGUAGCCAUAUAGUUUUACUUAGUAUUCUAUUCAAUAUUGUAUGGGUACUAUAAUAAUUUAUAACACAGCUAUAAAUUGCAUUUAAUAGAUAAUGUGGUACCUACGACUCGUAUGCUAAUCAUUUAUGAUACAAUGUAUCACUAUAAAUUCGGAAUAUUUAAAUUAAGUUUAUGUUUUUUUUUUAUUUUUUUUUUUUUUUAAAAGAUUACCUACCUCAUAACUACCAUCAAGUAUGUGCACGUUUAUUAUUAUUUAUUAAAGAUGACGAUAACAUUGUAACAAAAUCGGUAUAUGUGGCGGAUAAACACAUUUUUUUGUUAAAUCAUUUAAUAAAACAAUUAUAGCUAUAUCUAAAAGUAGUGAAAUAGCCGACAAAAAUACCCUGUGGUGUCUACCGACAAACGGCCGUUAUAACACUGAUGUUAUCUUUACGUAGUCAGUUCAUCCCCUUAUAAUAUAAUGUUUGGGUCUAUUCACAUAGGUAUGCAUAUUGGGAAACACACUGAUAUUAGGUGCAUACCAGCAUUGUAAAUUAAAAAUGUGUUGGAAUUCAAAUUGAAAUAAUAGUUGAAUAUCUAUUUAUUGAAGAUCGUCCGUCAUAAUCAUAAUGUACAUUAUCAUGUAGGGCAAAAUACCUAUAAUAGUAAUGAAAAUAUAAAUAUCGUGUACACUCGGCGCCCGAAUUCUAUCGCCAAAAUUAUAGAAAAAAAAUAACUAACCUGUGUGUGAACGCCGGCGAUACGGUUUCGAUAACUCCGCUGACCGCGGCGCCCGUCGUACAACUCGACGAACCCGAACGAUACGUGUCGCGAUAACGCCGCGUAUUAAUUUGAUUCCGUUAUAGUUGCGUUAUUGAACACACUCGAACCGUGAAAAAGCGAAGUUUAGAGAGAGAAAAAAAAAAAACCCCCGCGCGAACUCGAGGGAUAAAAAAACCACUGCGGAACAUUACAUAUUCACAGCCGUGCAUCCGACACGCGACCGUUCGCGAAAACACAGAGUCUGAAAAUUAUCGCGGGCGUACGUGCCGAAAUCAUGACGCGUCAUGGCCGCGGGGGCCCGUUAUUUUUCCGCAAUUGCCGUCGAUUCGUGGAAAAAGAAAUUAAACUCACCGUUGAACACAGGCCCACAUCGCUCGAGGACCAAUCGCGUGCGGUUCUUCAGUGAAAGUCGAGUUUCCGCGAAACGGUUGGCCGGCCGACCGACCGUCUGCAAAAACGCCGUAAAAACAAUUCCAAUCGUUCCUAUCCGUUGCGCUCCGGUCAUUAGAGCCCGCAAACGUUUUUCUUGAGUGGGACGGGGGCAAAAUUCAAUAUUUCACGCCUUAUGCAGUGUACAAUUCGAUAAAACACCGACAGAAAAAUUAUUUAUGUAUGACAAAUGUAUUGCCAUAUUCAUAGCCGAGUGAGGGGGAGUGGGACAAACGACCCGUAUUGCCUCCUCCCUCCGGGUGCCUAUAGUCCCAAUGACGUAGUUAAGUCAUGAUUUUGUUCUUGGGGAGGGGAGAGGAAUAGAUAAUUUGUUUGGUAAAUUUCGCGCGGGCCCUCUUCCCCGCAGCCGCCACACUACAAAUCCGUGUCUUAGAUUCCGAGUGUAGCUGUAGCAAAAUGAUGCUACACGUUUUACUGACGCAUUAUGUCUUUUUUUACGGUAAACGAUUUUUCGGUUAGUAAAAACGCUUUGAAAGACGCGAAUAUUUCGCCCGACGUUAUUUUAAAUAAUUUUAAAGAUAACCAAUCGAGUUUUACCGAAAUAUAUAACUCUACGGUUAAUUUUUCGGGUUUAUCACCGAUAUCACGUUAACACUUACAGCGUACGCCCAACUUGUACAACAGCCCCGAAGCAAAACUAUUUGUAUUGUAUCCUUGUAACUGAAAUAAAACUACAUCAUGAUAUUAUAAAUUAUCAUAAGAUAGGUACAUUGAAUUACGCAUCCAGCAUACGUAUACUAUACUAUAAUGUACUUAUAUUAUUUCCCGGAUACCAUCUACAAAACCACGAGAUCAUAAAUUGUCAACGAUUACGUACUAUACAUUCACCGUUUUGAAUUUUUAAAUAAGGCAUGGGUCCGUGUAGAUACAAUAAAAAAUAAAAAACUAUCCCUUUGUUGGUAACCUUAAUAGUUUGAUGUCUACGCGAUAGCUUUUAUUUUAACGGCCCAUUAGAUUUAUUUCCGAGAUCAUAUAGUCGUGUGAAACCCAACAUCAUGUACAUUUCGUGACAUCAUGAUUGAUUGUUUAAUCAAUCGCCAAGCUACACAUACAUAUGUAUAUACUAUUUUUUUUUAAUACAAAACAGUAAAAGUGUUUAAUUUAAAUAGUCGUUUGAUAAUUUAUAUGCCUAUAAUAUUAUUCUUAUCAAGACGAUUUUAACUGUUGAACGACGACUCUUUGUAUAGUUCACGUAUUUUUCCAUCCAUACAUUGACAUUACAGCGUUGAAAUGUUUCCGGGUACAGAUGCAGUAUUUUUUUUUUUCCGAGAAACUUAGAUAGACUAAAGACGAUAAUCCAUCUGUUCGACGCGUUCGUUGACAAACGAAUUGCUGUCGAAUGACCCACGUGUGGGAAAUAAAUCUAACAUAAUAAAAAGGAAGGAAUCAAUCAGUUUCGCUUUCACAUUUAUUUACGACCAAUAUUUUAAAAAUCUUUUCGGAACGAUUGUUUGGUAUAUUUCUGUGAUACCCACUUAAUUUUGGCAGCUGGGGUUCAGUUUUCGUUACUUACCGUUCGCGAUAUAAAAAUCGCUAGACGCUGUGGCGUGCGGCCGAAUUUACGACGUUAUCAUUCUAAUCACAACAUAAUCGCGUUACCCACAAUAUCACAUUAUUCACAUUUCACAUUCACGUACUUAAUCUUGCUACAAUCGAAAUAAGCGUAAUGUAUUGUACUUUUUUAUAAUCAUAGACAUAUAAUGCUAGAUAGCUAGCAUGCUGAGUGUCACUACAAUGAUGCCGUCGGCCAUUUACAAAGUGACCAUUGUUUGUAAACAAACUUUAUCGUUUUUUUGUUAACAUUAUUUAACUUGCAGCUUGUGAAACAUGGUUGUGGAUUUUAAUACCUCUAGUUACAACAGAAUCAAGCCCGAAUUAAGAUAUUUAGAGACCCCUUGGCUCUCGGUGAAAGACUAAUAAUUAUAGGUUUUUUUUUUUAAACAUUUUUUUAAUCAAUAUGUUAUAACAAAAAAAAAAAAUAAAUAGUAUAGAUACCAUAAAGAUCGAUCUUAAUUCAAAAGCCACAAAUAUUAUUCAAAUAAAUAAAUACAUUAUUUUGAACAGUCACUUGGUAUAGUAGUUUGUAUUGUAUAAUAAUACGAAUAAGUCAUCAUCAGGCAACGAAAAAAUAUUAAAACAUUAAAGUACAAAUUGUGACAAAAACCGAAGCCUUGGGAGUCUAGUGGUCCUCCCUGGACCCCCUCUUAAUCUGGGCUUGAACAGAAUUGAAUUAAAGUUUAAUUUUCUGAGUUUUAUAAUAACCAAUUAAAUCAUCGAUCUCUGAUGGAGUGAGUGUUACGUCACUUGGCCAACUAUCGAAAUAUUACACUCAAAGAACAAACUAAAUACUAAAAUGAAUGGUACCUUGUUAUUGAAAAUAUUAUGAACAAAAUUUUGAAUUUUCUCGUAAUAGGUAGUCAUAAUAUUUAUGGAUACAAGUUUUUAUAUUUAUGUUACAGUAAUCAUCAACAUAAAAUAAAUAAUAACUGGGUGCUCAAAGGUGUGGUUCCAGUAAGCAUAUAUGGUAUUAUUUCUGUAGGAUGGAAGAAUUCACUUUAUAGUUGCUAAUACCAUACUCCUUGUGGGUGAGGAUUAGAAUAUUCCCACGGUAUUUCUACCUGUCCUGUCGUAAGGGACGACAACCGAUGAAAUAAUUCUGUUAAACAAUUUAAAGAGUACGUAAUUAGACUUUGGCGGAUUGUCUCAUUUCCGGACAAUCCGCGAAGAAUACAGGACUAAGAAUAAGUAGAAGUAAAACAGAGUAGAUAUGAUUUUUAAGAUACAGAACAAGACAGCUGACCAGUGACGGUAUUACAGAGGGAGGAAUUUGAGUGUUUUAUCCCCUCAAGACCCUUUUUUUUUUAAAAUAACUUGGUAACUACAUUUAUGUACUUAAAUAUCUAACUAUAAAUAUUAUUAUAAUAUUUUAUAGAAAUAAUACAAAAAAAACUCUAAUCUCUUUUGCUAGCUGUACAUAAAUACUUUGUAAUAAAGGCGAGGGCGUACUGUCCUGCCAAAGUGAAAGGCAGUAACCGACAAGUUUGUCUAAAUGAGAUUAUUGUAGAAUAUCUAUUGUUUAUUAGGCCAUUUCACAUCGAUUUUUUCUAGGUUAAAAUGCAGUAAAACAUUAUUUAAACCCUCUAAAUGAGAUUUAAAUAUGUAGUAUCUACCUAAAGAAUGCUAGACAAAUAAGUAGUAAAUGAUAUAUUCUAGAGAAAAACGCAGUAUAUGUUGUGUAGUUUACUGCGUAUAUAUCUAGUAACCUUAAAUUAUCUGACCAACAGUAAACAGUAUCCAUAUAUUUAUAAUUGAAUGUCAAUAUUUUAAAUUCUUUUAUAAUUAAUUUUACAUUUUAUAAUUCCAUAAAGUAAACAUAUUUCAAUGAUUUUGUUUCUAACUUUGAUUAGUCGGAAUUAGUUAGCUUUUAUAUUUUAGAAUUUAUUUAUUUUUUGGGAGGGGAUAAUAGGUAAAAUGUAAAAACACCCCCCCCCAUAAGCAUCACCAAAUUACGCCACUGCUGCUGACAAUAAGCAGUUAUAGGUAAGCUUGAGAGUUUUAAUACCUAGGAUCUUUGAUAAUAAAAAAUAAAAUUGAACUUAAUGUAAUAAUAUUUUUUUUAAAACCAUUUCAAGUUCAAAUUCUUAAAAUCACAAUAUUUCAAAACGUGGUUAAUCGUAUUUUGUCAGCAAUGAUUUAUCGUUACAUUUAGAUACUUAUAAAUUAAAUGACAUUAUGCAUAUUACCUACCCAACUUCUAGCCUACAAGGUACACCAAUCAGUAGUAUCAUCAUUUUUUCUUUACAUCUAAUAUUUAUAACCUUAAAAAAUGCGUUUGAUAUUGUUAUAAAAUGGUAUUUCAUCAAAGAAAUAUUAAUCAAUUAUUGGAUAUUAUUUAAUAAUCAACCGACAAUUUGAAACAUCUCUACUUGAAAACCCAUGUACAAAUAAUUAAAAUGAACUAUGUUUACAUGUAAUAUGCAUGUUCAAUUGAAGUUAAUUAAUAAACCAGACAAUAUGAUUAAGUUUGCUAAACUAUUAAACUAAGGAAAUAGUAUAAUAAAAUAUUAAAAUUUUUAAUGUUAACUGAAAAAGUCUAUUAUUUUAUUUAUUGGCGAUACAGAACCAACUCAUGUAAGUUUUACAAAAAAAUAAACAAUAUAACAGCAUUACCUAUAAAUAUAUUAAUUAUGUCUUGUAUCUUUAACUAACUAUCUACUAAUUUCAGUUAUUUAUUAAUUUAAUUUUCUUUAUUGUUUGUUUUGAUAUUUUAAACUUUGAGUAGAAUGUAAAAGUUUACAAUAUUUUAUAUGUUGUUUUCAUUAUUUUAAACUUAUUUUAGAUUCUGAAUAGAAUACAAAAGUGUUUAUACAAAUUAAUAAAAUUUUAUUAUAUUAUAAAUAUAUUGUACUCUGCAAUUUUAAAAUGCCUAAAUAACUAUUUGUAUUGCCAUUAAAACAUAUUUAUUUCUAAUUUUUAUUUUUUAGAGAGAAGACGAUGAAUAUUUAAGCGGUUUGCACUUAACAUCGCGCGAAAAACGUUUCAUCAAGUUCGCUUCAGUUGAGUACCAUGGACAACUUUAUAUGACUCCUCAAGACUUUUUAGAAUCGUUUGUUGAUGAACAACCGAGAGGUAUAAAUACAUCUCAUUGACUCUUUAUAAAAUUAAUUAGUUUAAGUGUUCAUUAUUAUUAUGAAAAUUAGUAAAGAUAUUAAUAAUUAAUAUUAUUAAAGAUAUAUCUAUAAACUAUUUUAAAAAUGUGGGACGAUAAUACAAUGUGUGAUACGUGGUGGGUUUUCAGACAUAAUGUGUCGUAAACCACCUCAACUGAUAUGCCUACUGUAAUCAGAAAGUUUAUAGUGUGAAUAUUUUAGUAUCAUGUGUCAUUCCUUCUUCAAUAAAAUUUGUUACAUAAUUUAUGAUAAAAACUGUUUAUUAAAAUCUUACAAAUUAAACUUUGAAAAAAAAAUUUUAGCUCGACUUAAGAGGCAUACAAUGACGGAAAAAGAUUUAGAAGAAAUUCGGAACAAAGUUCCUGUAUUAAAAAAGGGAUCUUCGCAAUUAUUUCGUUCCCUCAGAGACAAAGGAAUCAUAUCUUAUACAGAAUAUUUGUUUUUAUUGUCCGUGUUAACCAGUAAGUUGAAAAAAAUAUUCUAAUUCAAUUGCUAAUUUUUAUUGAUUUAUUUAACCAUUUGAUUAUAGAACCACAAAGUGGAUUCCGUAUAGCAUUUAAUAUGUUUGAUACGGAUGGUAAUCAUAGAGUAGACAAAAAUGAAUUUCUGGUGGUAAGAAUAUUUGUUGCAUAAUACCCUAACAUAAUCACGGUAUUUUAUUAAUAUUAUAAGUAUAGUACUGUAGUACCCACCUAUAAAUAUUUACUUUAAAUAAUACAGUAAUACAGCGAUUAAUUUAGUUCAAUGUUUUCAUUUGAAUAGAAUAAAAGUCAAUCUUCAUAAGUGGUGUCAGCGCAAAAACUGAACUACCGAGUAAUCGGCGUUUUACUGUAUUUUUCACACCUUGGUAUAGUUACAUAUCCUGCAUGUUUCACCAUCUUACAUUUUUAUGUUUUUACAUUAUCAUUUUAUUUUUUUAUUUUUUUUAUUCAACAUAAUAACUUUUUUUGGGGGUUUAACGUUCAUAAUGCAUGUAUGGAAUAUACGUAUUUUUACGGUAAUAUUUUUGAUAUAAUUAUUAUCUUUUUGAGCUCAAAUAAUAUAAUUUUUCACCCUAUAGAAACUAUAAAACUAGCAAACAAGCCUCAUUCUAUUAAAUUCCAUUGUGAUUUUACUAGAUUUUAAUAGACUUAUUUUCUACAAACAACCAAAUUGUUCCAUUUAUCACCAUUUUUGGAUUUGAAAGUAUUUAAAUUAAGUGUUUACUAUUUGUUUAGAACAAAUUAUAUAAAAUAAAUGAGACUAAGUAAGUUUACGGAGUCAUAAUUACAACAAAUUUGUUAUGUUUUUGUACUUUUGUGAUGAGUCUUUUAUAUUCAAUAACUGAUAAUUUUACUUUCACUUUUUUAUUUUUUUUAUUUUUUUUUAUCAGAUAACACGGCUCCUAGCUGGAAAACCAGCCCUCAGAAUAGAUCUUAGUAAACAUGCUAAAGAAAUUGUGAGUGAGUUGUCUAUGGUUAUUUAUUUAUUACACUUUUUAAGUAUGGAUAAUAGGGUAGUGCAGUGAAAUUAAGAUUUUAUUAUUUGUAUAUUUACGGGAAGAUUAAUGUCACAGACUAACUUAAAUUAAUACAAGACAUAAAAUGUAUUAAUUAACUUCCUUACAUUAAACACACUUGUAUGAGUUACUUAUUGAAAUGUGUAAGUUAAUACUUAUUACACUUACACAUAGGUACCUAAUAUGUAUACAUUCAUCUACUUAACAUUUUUUUGUGCAUGUAACCAACAUUUUUAAAAACAAUAUUGUUAUAUUUUGUUUUACUAAUAAAUUAGAUCAAGAAUGCAGUUUAUAAACUAUACAUUGUAUCACAGAAUAGUCAAAGUAUGUAUGAGAUGUUAUUUAAAUAUUAUGAAAUAAUCUUAAUAAUUUGAAUAUUAUUUAAAUUGUUUAAAAAUGUAUAAUAAAAGUAUAGGUUACAUAGUUUAUGUUUAAUCAAAAAGAAAAUGAUAAAGUAGCCUACAUUAUCAAAAAGUUAUGUUAACACAAAUUCAAAAUCUAAUUCUUUAAGUACAUCUCAUAAUAAAUUAAAGAAUUUUAAAUAUAAUUUCCAAAAAAUUACAUAUUUUAGUUUUAUAUUUUGUAAAAAUACGUACCUAAAUUGAAUUAUGAACUGGGGACAAAAUAAUUUUUUUUUAUGAUUUAUUUUAUUUUUUGCUUUAUUUUAGAUAUAUAUCUAUUCACUUGUUAUUAUUACGCACUAGCACUAUUAUAAAUUAGUUAUUUUACAUAAAGUUUUCAUAUUUAUAUUUCAAAUGUGUUCUGAAACAAAUUCGUUUUAAAUUAUUGUGUUCAGUUUUGCGUUUUAUUUAUUCACUCUUAUAUAUUUUACUUUAAUAACAAGAUAUAAGAAAUUUAUAAAAACCACUCACUACAAAUAUAAAAUAAUUCCACAACAACGAAUAAAAUUAUAACUCAAUGAGAUAGGUACGUAAGUGGUGAUUAUUUUAUUUUUAUUUUUUAAUUCCCAAACAUCAUAAAUUACUAUUCAAAUAUAUUUAACUUAAAAUUAACAUUUUUCAUAUCAAAUCACAUUCAAAUAUAUUUGGUGUGGUGGGUGUAACCAUUUUAAUUAGAACAAAGUUAAAAUAAAAUUAUAAUAUAGUAAUACUCUAUUUAAACUUGACAUCAAAAUAAAACAAUUUUCCUAAUUAUUUAUUUUUGAUAAGUUAGCAAAAUGACUAACUACUAGGUAUGGAAAAUGGUAUCAUAAUCUAAUGUAUAUUAACGUAUGUUAAUAUACUUCUACAAAGUUUUUAAUUUUUUUUUGUCGAUUUACUAGUAAAAAUCAAAGAAAUCAGUACGAACCGCGGUCAAAAAUAAAUCCUUUCAGUAUAGAUGACCAUAUAUAUUAUAAUAAUAUGAUUCUGUAGAAUAUAAUACUGCAUUCGCAACAAAUAUUGUGCACGUCUGUUGUCUGUCAUCGAUGUCCAUGUAUGCUUGUGUUGGUCAUUUCAUUUCUUUGUUACCAGCUAUACACGACUGAUAAUAUAAUAUUCUGUCUUAGUUCUAUAGUUUUGACGUUUUAAUAAUAAUACAAUAAUAGCAUUACACUCUGUGAUGUACACAUCAAUUUAUUUUUUUUUCAAUGGAAUGGAAUUUAAAAUAAAAUAUUUUAAAAAAAGAUAUCUAUUACAAAAAAUAACCUGCUUCAUAUAUACUACUUUAAUCAUUUUUCUCGUUUUCUAUUAUUUAAUCUUCUAGCUUAACUUGUACCUAUUAAAAGCAUCAUAAUAUAAUAUGUACCAUCUGUCUGUUAUUAUAUUAUAAUAAAAUUAUAUGCUUGUCGAACUUCAUUACCUUCCCCUUUACCCAAGUGUACUUAUGAACUGCUUUGAGUAAGUACCUAUGUAGUAUGUAGGUACCUACUGUUUAUCCUACAAUCAAGCCAUCAAUGAUCCACGUAAUAUAUAUGAACACGACUUCAAGGAGGCUCAUUAAAAUACCUAUAACCCGGUGGAAAGGUCACAUUUUUAAGAAGUUAAAAUUUUAGUGAACCAGUGAUUAUUUUAGAACAAUUUUAAUUGAUCACGCAAUAGAUAUUGCCUACUUUUUCAACUCUAGGCUCUACUACCUACCUACUAUAGUACCAUUCCAUUUCUGAUUCAGUGCUUCUAUUCAUCAGAUUUGUUCAUGUUUGAAAUCCUUUAUAUUUAACUAUAUUUCUUCUCAAAGUCCUCUUUCAAACAAUUCAUAAAAAAAAAUGUAUUGGAUGGGGUUGAUCUCCUCCCGCGCUCCUUCAUCAGAAGUCGAUCCGUUUUCGACAAGUAUAUAAUAUUAAUGUAUAUGUUAUGGUUAAUGUUAUAAAUUCAGUUACUUAAUGUCGUUAUAUUUAUACUUUAAUCAAUGUUGUGCUGUUAAUUUUAAUAUUAAAGUGUAAUAAUGUAAUGGCCUAUUAUCAAACUUAAAGGUAAGAACAUUUUCAGUGUUUAUACAUAUUACAUUAGUUUUUUUUUUUUUUUGCAUAUUUUAAUAUUUAAUCUAGAUUUGAUAAUUUUUGUAAUAUUAUAUUAUAAUAUGUAUACAUUAUAUUAUAUUAUUAUUAUAAUACUUGAAUAUUUCUCAUAUUCAUACCUUGCUUGAACAUUAAAAUAUCGAAAAAAAACUUACUUAAUGAAGUUACUUACUUACGUACGUACCUACGUAUAUAUAUACAUAUAUUUUUUUUUUCUUAACUUAAAGUUUGAUAAUAAGCUAUUAAGUACGCUCUUAUAUUAAAAUGACGAAAAAUCGAUUGUCAUGUACAUAGAAUAUAAAUAUAACGACAUUUACCACCGAUUUACAACAUUAACCGUAACAUUACAUUAUAAUAUGAUGUACCGAAGUAUGUAUAAGAAAAUUUACUUCUCGAAGACCAGUCGAUAAUAUGAUUGCAGCAUCGAUGUACUGUUGGUCAUAACACUAUUAUUAUAAUAUGCCUAAGUACCGACCUACUUAAUAAUAAGUUGUACGCCCGCCGCCCUAUUAUCCUGAGCUAAAAAAUAAAUAAUAAUGGACAUUUUUGAUAAGGUGUGUGGUGACGGGUACCUAUGAAAUAUUAUGUCGCUUAAAUGACUCGAAAGGGUUUCUAUAAAUGUGAAAUUACAGUUGUCCCAAUUAUCCACGAAACAAGCCGCUGUCGUCCGACGAGUGCCAUCAGACGAGGAUUCAAAUAUCAUUAAUUGCUCCGCUGAUGAUUUGGUCGGUUUAUUUCAUUUUUUAUGUAUUUUUAAAUUAUUUGCUUUGCUUCAUUACUAUACCUAUAUUAUAUGUGUUAGUGUACAUAAUUGUAUUCAUUUGCGUGCUACGCUUCAAAUCUUUUUUCAUGAAUAUUUUGUUAAACGAAAAAAAACCAUCUGCGAAUGUUGAACAUUCGAUUAAAAUUAUAACUCAAUACGCGGUCAAUGUUUAUUGUUAGAUGGAAAAAAUCUUCGGUCAAUCGUGGAAAGACAAACAUGGCGUGGAAGACGAUAAAGUGGACACGAACAAAGUAGACGAAGAUGAUUUUGUAGAUGACGCUCAAGGUUUACAAAAAAAACAUUUGGUGGAUACUACGUUGAUUGUUCAUUUUUUCGGGAAAAAAGGAGACAAUGUACUACUCUACGAAGACUUCAGAAAGUAACUCGUCACAUUAAAAGCAUUUUAUUUACAUUCAAUUUAAAUUUUGAUUUGAAUAGUUUUGAAUCUCUAUAUACUCGCUACUUUUAGUGAAAAUCAGAUAUCUUAAAUUAUUAUGUAGGUACGUAGUAAAAUACGCAGUGCAAAAAAUAUCCAUUCUUAUCUUUUCAUAUACCCACCCAGGUCCGACAUGAGUGUAAGGCGACUCAGGCGGUCGCCUAGAGCGCCAUUCUCCGAGGGGAGAGGGGGCGCCAAAAUUGCUUUUUAAAAUUUUACACAAUUUUGACGGUAAUAUUAUUUAUUAUUGUUGUUUUUUAGUUUUAUGGAAAAUCUGCAGACAGAAGUUCUUGAAAUGGAGUUCCAACAAUUUGCCAAAGGAGGAGACACCAUAAGCGAAAUGGAUUUUGCUAAAAUUUUAUUGAGAUACACACACUUGGAUACAAACCUGUAAAUAAUUUAAAAUUUAAUUCUGUAUACUUGAUCGAUUAUAGGUUAAACUUAAUAAUAGGUGUGACACAUAUCUGGAUCGACUAUUAGAGAGAAUUAAAAUGGACAAAGGCAUACCACCAGGCAUUUCAUUUGAUGAAUUUAAAGUAUUUUGUCAGUUUUUAAACAAUUUAGAGGACUUUACUAUUGCUAUGAGAAUGUACACACUUGCUGAUCACCCUAUAUCUAAAGGUAAUUAUUAAUAAAAUAAAUAAUAAGGCCAAUACCAAAAAAAUAGGGUUUGAAUCAAUUUUCUUUAGAGUUAAAAUAAAUGAUCAAGUGUAGAUUAUAUAUUGAUGAUUUGAUUGGGCGUAAGCACCAAUUAUCAAAUUGUUCAAUAACCAAAAUACUAAUAUUUUACAUAAAUUGUUUAACAGCCUUUGAAUAUUGAAUAACAUGAGUAAUUGUUCAUAAUUAUGUUAUUAUAAGCAAUUAAAAAAGUCUUAUGCACUAUAUUUUCCAUUACCCCCACUAUCGUUCUAUUGAAAUAUGGCUUUAAAAUUUCUAUUUUUUCUUUUCAUUUUAUUUAUUAAUCAAUGAUGAUUUGUAAUAAAAGUAUUUCAAAAAUGAUAUAAUACAAAUAUACUUUAUAUAUAUAUAUUUAAUUUUACCAAAUUUACCGAAAUUCAGUUGCCACUUAUUUUUGACCCAUUGACUUUUGUACCCAUGAUAAUAAUAAUAAUAAUAAUAAUAAUAAUAAUAAAUACAAUGCACUGAGUUCUGGUAGGUCAAUGAAGUACAUUAAGUAUUCUCAUAAACAUAUUUUAAUUUUAUUAUAACUUGUCAACAUUUAUAUGUAAUACAUUGGCAAAAAAUGGUUUUUUAUUUUACUUUUAAAUAAUAAUUAUAAUACAUUUUUUAUGUUACAAUGACAAGUGUUUACCUUACAGAUGAAUUUCAUAGAGCUGUCAAAAUAUGUACUGGAACCAGCUUGAGCAAACAUCUAGUACACACAGUGUUUGCUAUAUUUGAUGAGGAUGGUGAUGGUCAAUUAAGUUAUAGGGAAUUUAUUGCUAUUAUGAAAGAUCGUCUAAAUAGAGGUUUUAAGGUAUUUAUUUUAUUAAUUGUUUUUAAUUAUUAAUCAUUAUAUAAUAUUGUCCAUUUCUUUUCAUGUUUGUUUUAGUCGUAUACAAAAAAUGAAGGAUGGGAUGCGUUUAAAGUCUGUUUGAAACAUGAAAUCAAAACUCCUAAUUAAUUCUAUUUAUAUACAUAGAUAUAUAGAUAUAUAUAUAUUAAGUAUUAUUUUAUUAGAUAUUUUCUUUUUUUAAUUACUUGAAUAAUUUGUUGCAUUUAAUACAUAUUUAAUUAUUCAUAAUGCUUUUAUUAUAAAAUUUAGUUUUCUUAUUUUAACUAACAGUAACAAAAAAAAAGUAAAUUUCAAAACAAUUGUAAUACAUUUAGAUUUUAAUAAAAAUACUUAACAGUGCAAAUUGUGGAAAAGAAGUAUAAAAAAUCAUUUUUUAAAGCAUAUAAAAUUAUAUAAACGCUUGUUUUUUAUAUUUAUUAAUAGGAUACAGUUUGAUGUUUUGCUUACAUUGUGUCUUUUAUUAUUAUUGUUACCUUGAUAUUUGUACAAUUUAAUGUUAUUGUUGUAGUUUUAAAGUCUUUAUGAAAAAUAUAAAUAUUA